ACACUUUGGCGAAGAAGACAGGACGUCCCGCAGCUCGAGCCGUGUGCGCGGAGCCGACCAAUCAAUUUGACGAUCUGGGGCGCGGAUGUCAGAUUAACGUGGUAACCAUAGCGAGCGGCGGAGCGAAGGCUUUGAGUGAACGCGUGCUGCGUCACUUUGUCUGGGCGAGGUGGAGAGGAGGGGAAAAAAAAAGCCAGAGCGCGGUUGUCCUGACGCCACUUGUGUUGCGAGCUCCUUGCACUCUAGAAGAGCUUAACCACGACAAGCAUGCAGCCAGCUUCUGCAAAGUGGUAUGACCGAAGAGACUACGUCUUUGUUGAAUUUUGUGUAGAAGACAGUAAGGAUGUUGAAAUAAAUUUUGAAAAAGAGAAGUUUACAUUCAGCUGUCUUGGAGGAGCUGAGAACGUAAAGCAUUUUAAUGAAGUUAAUCUUUAUAAUGCAAUUGACCCAAAUGAUUCCAGACACAAGCGGACAGACAGAUCUGUCUUGUGCUAUUUACGAAAAGGAGAAUCCGGUCAAGCAUGGCCACGGUUAACCAAAGAAAAACCAAAGUUAAACUGGCUCAAAGUGGAUUUCAAUAACUGGAGAGAUUGGGAUGAUGAUCCAGAAGAGGAAGAUUUAUCCAGCUUCGAGAAGUUCUCACAGAUGAUGAACAAUAUGGGAGGAGAUGAUGAUGGAGACAUCCCAGACGUUGAUGGAAUGGACGAUGAUGGGUCGCAGGAUAGUGAUGAUGAGAAAAUGCCAGAUCUAGAGUAAAUGAAUUGAGGGAAAAAGGCUUCAGGGAAUUGGAAGAAACGCAUUCAUUAAACUGUUAAUUUUUAACAAAACACAAUUAUAAGUUGAUAGCUGUUCAGGCAGUGAAGCAUCUUUCAAUCCAUUUUCAACUUGUUUAAAAGGCUUUUCUAGGGGUCGAUACAUACCAGAGUAUUGGACAAAAUUGCUUACCAGUACAAGACAAUAUAAAAAUAUGUCAUCCUGCAUAUUAUAUGCAGGACAAAAAUAUGCCAGGACUUGAGCAAAAAUUAUUUAUAGUGAUCUGAAUUUGUACUGACCUAGUACUAAACCUUGUAGUUGGUUCCUAUACAAUCUAAUACCAAAUUCCUUCAGUAUCAAUUAAGCCACCUUAGAUGAUUCUGCAGCAGUUAGCAUGCUGAGGUUUUAAUAAGUUUUCAGAGUGGCUCCAUCUCUAAGAAUUGGUUCAAACUAUUAAUGGUAUUGGUUGACCCUUCAGCUUCUACAUCUGUUAGUAUGAUGAGUGAUAAAGCUGUACAUUGUCGCUUGUGGAUCUUAAGUGGCUGUACAUUUAGAUGACCAAAAGUGUAUUUGCACUGUCUUGAGUAUGAAUGCAAGUUUUGAAGAAACUGUUAAUACACUAUCUUUAGGAUGUAUUUUGUGAAAUCUGCUCAGUACAAGCUGAAAACCUCAAUUUAUGUCAAAUGCAAUGGAAUUUUUUUUAAGCCUACAAUAUCUUUCUAAUAAACUGUUAACACUUAA